AUGGCCGACGAGGACGAGCGACAGCUGCAGCCGGAGCCGCCAGGAGGAAAUAUGGCCGCCGCACAUAAUUUAGAAGAGCGUGAUGGUGAGGCAGGCAGUAAUGCUGAGGAGCUUACGGCGAGAUUAGCAGUAGCAGAGGCAGAGGAGCAACAUGGCUCUGAAGCACAUGCUGCCGAGGACGAAUCAGGAGAGAAGCCGCCUACACCACCCAAGGACGAUGUGGUGAAGUCGGAAGCUGCGCAUCAAGAGAGAAACGGUGACGACUCACCUACUGCUCCCUCAGAGCCAUCGACGAACAUGUCAGCGCCAUCCGCCACGAACACGCCCACGACUAGUGUCCCUCCUACAUCUCGGCAACGAACAGACUCUCAGUCCACUACCGCAACCACCGGCACACGCACGUCUGCUCGAAGCACGCGGUCAAGCAUGGUCUUUGUUGUUACCGCUCUGGAGAGUAUUGCGGCUUCGAAAGAUGCUAGGAAGAAGAAGCCUUUGCAGGACUCCACUCAGCGAGCGCUGUCUGCAAUAAGGAGUGCCUCAGGAGACGCCUCUCAAAUCGACCCGGAGAUUAUGUUCGAGCCUCUGAACCUCGCGACAGAUGCCUCAACUGUGUCAGUCGUCACUACCGCGCUGGACUGCAUCGGCAAGCUGAUCAGCUACUCCUACUUCUCCGCGCCACUGCAUCCUACAGAGGACCAACAGCAGAAACCUCCACUCAUCGACCGCGCGAUAGACACAAUAUGUGAUUGCUUUCAAGGCGAGGCCACCCCAGCCGAGGUGCAGAUGCAGAUCAUCAAGAGCUUGCUCGCGGCUAUUCUGAACGACAAGAUUGUUGUGCAUGGCGCAGGCCUGCUUAAGAGUGUCAGGCAGACGUACAACAUCUUCUUGUUGAGCAAGAGUAGUGCAAACCAGCAGAUCGCGCAAGGAACUUUGACACAGAUGGUGAACACAGUUUUUGAUCGGGUUAAGGUGCGGUUGGCUUCGAAAGUGCGGAGAGUCAAUUCUUCAAAGAAUAGUUUGGCGACUGGCAAUGAGUCCUCGGAAGUUGUACAGAUGAACGGAGGUGUAGACUCGCCGACUCAUGGUGCUGGAGACGAUACAACUACAAUAGCGGAACCGGAAACGCCAGUUGAUCCCCAACAACCGAAGAUGACACUGGCAGCGUUCGAGACACAGAAGUCGUUUGACGAUGCGACCAUCACUGAUUCUGCCCCGACGACUGUAAGCCGAGCGCGACGGGAUCUGCAUAGCCGACAAGUAUCACGAGCAGCUCCUGGUCAAGAUAUCCCGUCAAUAAUGGUGCAUGGCGAAGGCAGCGAAGUGCUAUCCGAGGACGACGAGGAAGAUGAGAUCUAUGCGAAGGACGCCUAUCUGGUCUUCCGUGCCAUGUGCAAGCUUUCAACCAAAUCUUUGCGACCGGAGGACGCCGUGGACAACAAGAGUCAAGGCAUGCGAAGUAAGCUCCUCAGCCUGCACAUUAUACAUACACUCCUCUUCAACCAUCCGACUGUCUUUACAUCGCCUCACUCCACGAUCAGGAAUGCAUCAAGUGCACCCACGCCCUUCACCCAAGCAGUCAAGCAAUAUCUCUUGCCAGUCCUGGCGCGAAAUGCCAGCAGCAGUGCACACCGUGUCUUCGAAGUAAGCGCCGAGAUCUUCCAGUUGAUGGUGCGGUAUCUGCGAUCGACGUUGAAGAUGGAGAUUGAAGUGUGCUUCCGGGAGAUCUACUUUCCGAUCUUAGAAAAGCGAGUGGCGCCUGGCUGGCAGAAGACAUACAUCAUCCAGCAUAUCUUUGGACGAUUAGCUGGUGAUGCACGAGCGUUGGUGGAGGUCUACCUGAAUUACGAUUGCGGGAGAGGAAUGGACAACAUCUAUCAGCGGAUGAUUGAGCACACUUCGAGAGUAGCCGGCCAACCUGUACCGGUCUCUGCGGCACAGCAGCAAGCAUAUGUGGACAAGGUGGCAUCACAGAAUGCGAGUCUUAAUGACUGGCGCGACAGAGGUACUCUUCCUCCUAGUCUGGCGACCUCAAACAUGGGGAACUCGGCAGCUAGCGAAGCAGAGCGAAUAUAUCAGGACUUUCCACCAGAGUACGCGCUCAAGAUGGCUAGUCUAGAAGCUUUAGUCGAAACUCUGCGGAGCAUGGUCAAUUGGGCACAACAAGGAGUCACGGAGAGUGCAACUAGCACAAUGCUUGCGGAGACCGAUGGACGACAAUCUGUGGAUGAGUUGCGAGAAAGCAUGGAUACCCGUGGUGAAACGAAUGGUAAAGGUUCUCUGGACGGCAUGCCUGCCAGCGAAGUCGCAACCCCAAUGGCCGAGGACGAUCCUGCAGAGCUCGAGAAGGUGAAGCAACGCAAGACUGCACUAAACAACGCGGUGCGGCAGUUCAACUUCAAGCCGAAGAAGGGUAUCAAGCUGCUCAUAUCCGACAAGUUCAUCCCAUCCGACGAUCCACUAGACAUUGCUCGCUUCAUGCUGAACAACGACCGCAUCAACAAGAAGUCACUUGGUGAGUUUCUGGGCGAAGGCGACGAAGAUAACAUCAAGAUCAUGCACGCCUUUGUCGACCUGAUGGACUUUACCAAGACUCGAUUCGUGGAUGCGUUACGACAUUUCCUACAAUCUUUCCGUUUGCCAGGUGAAGCACAGAAAAUUGAUCGGCUCAUGCUGAAGUUCGCCGAACGGUACUGUCUAGGCAACCCGGCCGCUUUCGCCAACGCAGACACAGCUUACGUUCUCGCCUACUCCGUCGUCAUGCUCAACACCGAUCAGCAUUCGGCGCAAGUCAAGCAACGCAUGACUCCAGAGGACUUCUUCAAGAACAAUCGCGGGAUCAACGAUGGUCAGAGCUUGCCUGAGGAGUACCUACGUGGCAUCUACGACGAGAUCCAGUCAAAUGAGAUUGUCCUUAAAGACGAGCAGGAAGUAGCGGCGAACUUGGGUCUGGCGGCUCAGCCUGCUGGUGGCGGGAUCGUGAAUGCGCUGGCAAAUGUUGGACGCGAUUUACAGCGCGAAGCUUAUGCGCAGGCGAGUGACGAGAUGAGUAAUCGCACCGAGCAGCUUUUCAAGAAUCUUUUGAGAGCGCAGAAGCGGAGUGCGAGUGCUACGGGCGCUACGGCAUCCAGGAGCAGGUACUUGACCGCCAGCUCGUUCAAACAUGUUGGGCCGAUGUUCGAGGUGACGUGGAUGAGCUUCUUGACUGCUCUUUCGGGCUCGGCGCAAGAGACGCAAAAUAUUCACACGAUUCAGCUGUGUAUGGAAGGGCAGAAACUGGCUAUCCGGAUCGCUUGUCUUUUCGACCUCGAGGACCCGCGACGAGCAUUCGUGCAGAGUUUGGCGCAGAGUACGAGUCUCUAUAACAUCUCGGAGAUGAAGGUCAAGAAUGUCGAGGCGCUUAAAGUCUUGCUGGGGAUUGCCUGGACCGAAGGCAACCUGUUGAAGGAGAGCUGGCGAGAUAUUCUCACGUGCAUAUCGCAGCUCGAUCGUUUCCAGCUUAUUAGUUCUGGCGUCGAGGCUGGCGCUGUACCGGAUAUGCUACGGGCCUCCACACCACAGGCGAACGGUGCCGGCAGGAAGAGCGUCCAGCUGCCUCGACGACCGGCAUCACGCGCACCGCCUAGUGGUGCUUAUCAGACUGAGAUCGCGGCCGAGGCUCAAAAUGCGGAUAUGGUUCGUGUGGUCGACAAGAUCUUCACUAAUACGGCCAACUUGUCUGGUGAAGCCAUCGUGCAUUUCGUCCGCGCCUUGACACAAGUCAGCUGGCAGGAGAUUCAAUCGUCUGGUCUUUCCGACAGUCCACGGACGUACAGUCUGCAGAAGCUCGUCGAGAUCAGCGGCUAUAAUAUGCUCCGCGUCCGCUUCGAAUGGACCAAGAUCUGGGAGGUCCUGGGCCAGCACUUCAUCGAUGUCGGUUGCCAUAACAAUACUACUGUCGUGUACUUUGCACUGAACAGUCUGCGACAACUGAGUAUGCGAUUCAUGGAGAUCGAGGAGCUGCCUGGUUUCAAAUUCCAGAAGGAUUUCCUCAAGCCUUUCGAGCUGAUUUUGAGUAAUGCUCAGCAAGUCGCGGUCAAGGAUAUGGUGCUCCGCUGUCUCAUCCAGAUGAUCCAGGCGCGAGGCGAUAUGAUCCGGUCUGGCUGGCGGACCAUGUUCGGUGUCUUCACCGUUGCUGCUCGGGAGCCGUACGAGAGUAUUGUCAGUCUGGCCUACGACAACGUCACACAAGUCUAUAAUGAACGCUUUGGGGUUGUGAUAUCUCAAGGUGCUUUCACGGACCUGAUGGUUUGUCUGACGCAGUUCUCGAAGAACCAAAGGUUUCAGAAGAAGAGUCUGCAGGCUAUCGAGACGAUCAGGGCGAGUGUGCCGAAGAUGCUGAGGACGCCGGAGUGUCCUCUUAGUUCGCAUCCGAUUGCGGCUGAGGGGCAGGGGAAGGGUAGGGCGAUGGAUGCGCCGCUGGCUGAGAGCUUGCGGAAGCAGCCUUCGCGCCAGAGUCAGGAGGAGCAGUAUUGGUUCCCUGUGCUGUUUGCUUUUCAUGAUGUGCUCAUGACUGGUGAGGAUCUGGAAGUCAGGUCGCGGGCGCUCAACUACCUUUUCGAUACCCUGACGAAGUAUGGUGGCGAUUUUCCACGGGACUUCUGGGAUACGCUGUGGCGACAACUACUCUACCCUAUCUUCAUGGUUCUCAAGGACCGUAAGGCGAUCAAUCAGGAGGCGGCGAAUCAUGAGGAGCUUACUGUUUGGUUGUCCACUACGCUGAUUCAGGCUCUGAGGAAUAUGAUCACGUUGUUCACGCAUUUCUUUGAGAGUAUGGAGUAUAUGCUCGAUCGGUUCCUGGACCUGCUGGCUCUUUGUAUUUGUCAGGAGAAUGAUACGUUGGCACGGAUUGGCAGUAAUUGCCUACAGCAGCUGAUCUUGCAGAAUGUCACCAAGUUCAAUCCGGGACACUGGGAUCAGAUAGUUGGCGCUUUCGUCGAUCUCUUCGCGAGGACGGAAGCGAGGGAGCUGUUUUCGGCUGCUACGGCUGGGAGUUCAUACAAGGUGGAAGGCGUCAAUGGCACCGAUACACCUUCGACCAACGGACAAGAGGAUUCUACCAAUGCUCUGCGCAUCAAUGGCUUGUCCGAUACAUCGAGCGAGAGUCAUCCGACGACCAAUGGCGACAGCAGGCCCGCAACUAUCCGGACCGAAACCUCCACAUCACUGUCCCUGUCCGACCCGGACGCGGAAGGCGACAUCUCACCCCCAGCCAAACCAGGUCUCGAAGACUUCUCUCAACCGCUCGCCCAGCAGCAAGCACCUAUCCCCGUCACAGCAGCACGCCGCAGGUACUUCAAUCAGAUCAUCACGAAGUGUGUGCUUCAGCUUCUUAUGAUCGAGACGGUCUCCGAGCUCUUUAAUAACGAUGCUGUGUACGCCUCUAUUCCGUCGCAUCUGCUACUACGACUCAUGGCGCUGCUGAAGAAGAGUUACCACUUCGCAAAACGCUUCAAUGAGGAUCGGGAUCUUCGGACACGAUUGUUCAGGGAAGGAUUCAUGAAGCAGCCGCCCAAUCUACUCAAGCAAGAGAGUGGCAGUGCGAGUGUUUACGUUGGUAUCUUACUGCGCAUGUACAAAGACAAUGGGGACGAGAGGGUCGCUAGUCGGCCUGAGACAGAGAAGGCGUUGAUACCGCUUUGCUGCGACAUCGUGGCCUCCUAUGUUGCGUUGGAUGAGGAGACCCAGCAGAGGAACCUCGUUACCUGGCGACCUGUUGUCGUCGAGUUACUAGAGGGGUAUACGACGUUCGAGGACGAAGAGUUCGGGAAACAUGUUAGUGUUUUUGCGCCGCUGGCUGUGGGGUUGAUGAACAGGGAGAUGGGACCUGAGCUGCAACGGGCUGUGCAGGGGCUUUGGCAGAGGGUCUGUGAGGUCAAUCUUGGAAUUGGGAAGGAGAAGUUGAGGGAGGUGAUGCCGGUUGGUGCUCAGGCUCCUGGGAGUCCCCGCUCGGUGUUUGGACAGAGGAGGGGGAGUAAGGCGAGGAUAUGA